AUGUUGAGACGGCUCCUAAGUGCUCUCCUACUUGCCUCGGUUGGCCGAGCUGUAGGAGCAGCUUCUCCUGGAAAUAUCACGUUUAACUCUGCCAAUCGGCUCUUGUUCGACAUCGAUGGAAAUCACAUCAGUGCUUAUGCCCUCAAGAUCUACAAUUUUGAGGACAGGUACUAUGCCUACGGCCUCGACUUCACGACGGGAACCGGGCUCGACAGGCCUCUAGUCUGUUACUCCUCUGUUGACCUUGUCAACUGGAAGUCUGAGGGAGUCCUGUCGGAGAUCACUGGAGGACGUCCACACAUAGUCUCCAACCCUACGAGCCAAGAAUAUGUGCUUUGGUCCAACCCGUCGGCCGGCUACGAGAUAGCUACUUCUUCUGCGCCUAAUUCCCCAUUCUCUACGGACGGGCACGGCCUGGCGGCACUGGACCCCCAGUUCAGUGGUUUGCAGCCCGCCGACUUCACUGUCACAACCAUUGAUGACAAAGGCUAUCUCGUGUGGUCCGCGCUCAACUUCAGGGAUCCUCGAGCGGGAAGCCUUUGGCCGCCACUUUUCCAGACACUGCACGUGUCGCCACUGACGGACGACUUCCUCAACACGACGCAGACGAGCACAAACGUGACAUCUGCAGCGUUUGACCUCUUGGACCAGGAGGCCGAGUCGCCCGAUCUGUUUGUUCGCAACGGGAUCUACUACAUCGUGGCAAGCAACACGUGCGGCUUCUGCAAUGGGAGCGUGGGCCUGGUCUACCGCUCAGAGUCCAUCGAUGGCCCAUGGGAACGCGAUAUCGUCUCCGCGUACACUUGCGGGUCUCAGGUCGAAGGCGUACUUCCGCUGACGGACCCCGUCACCAACGAGACAACAUACGUCUGGCACGCGACUUCUGUCCCAGGCGGCCCUCGUGUCAGCUUUUCUGGCCAUUUCUUCCAGCCACUCCGAUUCAACGACGAUGGGAGUGUACAAGAUCUGGAUUGCACUCCCGGCGCGCAGUUCACAGUGCCCCUGGCACUCGGAGGUGGUGACACCGACAGCGGCGCGUUGACGACUGCUGCGGAUCUGUCUCCUCGCUUUGCCGAUUAUCAGCCUGUGUGCGACACAGACCUUUUCCAGACGGUCAUUCAGACCUGGACAAAUUCCAAGGCAGGAACACUGGACUCGGUCUCAGUCAAUCUCGCUGCUGGAGGACAAGCCACGGGUGUCUUGGUAAAAGUAUUCCGGUUCAGCAACAUCGCCGACCUUCAAGCGCCAUCUUACAAAUUUGAGGAGCUCGGCUCCGAAACGUUCAACGCCAGCCAGAUAGGGACAUCAUUCAAAGCCAUGAGCGUGCCUACCAACGCCACCGUUGUUCAGGGGGACCAGCUGGGGUUUUACAUUGGUGAUCCUGCGUCAGCAAGCGCGGAGGGCUCUUUGAACCUCAUACCCUACUGCCACCUGGAGUAUAACAUUGGCGCGCCAAAUGGCUCGGAAACACCUGCUGGUCAGCUUGCCUUCCAGCAAGGUGGGGGACAGAACUCGUUUCGUGGUCUUGACGGGACAACAAGCCCCAUUCAGGAGAGGACUGGCAAGGGCAUCAAGUUCUUCACGACUGUGAUCUAA